AUGCGUAGGCGAAUUGUGAAACGGCCAUCUUUCCCAUUUUCUCCUUCCGCUGAAAAUCAUUCUAGGCGACCUUCUUCUUCUUCUUCUUCUUCUUCUUCUUCUUCUUCUUCUUCUUCUUCUCAUCCCCUUCUUCCAUCCUUUCCUCCUCAUCUUCUUCUUCUUUGCCUCCUCCGUUUCCUACUGCUGCUCUUACCCUCUUCCUUCUUCCUCUUCCUCUUUCUUCACCUUCCUCUCCCCAUCCUUAUUCUCCGCCCUCCUUCUGCAUUUCCCUCCUUCUUCUUCUUCUUCUUCUUCUUCUUCUUCUUCUUCUUCUUCUUCUUCUUCUUCUUCUUCUCCCCCUCUUCCAUACUUUCCUCUUCUUCUUCUGCUUCUUUGCCUCCUCCGUUUCCUACAGCUGCUCUUACCCUCUUCGUUCUUCCUCUUCCACUUUCUUCACCUUCUCCUCUUCCUCCCCAUCCUUAUUCUCCGCCCCUCCUUCUGCUUUUCCUCUCUUUCUUCUUCUUCUCAUCCCACUCUUCCAUCCUUUCCUCUUCUUCUUCUUUGCCUCCUCCUUUUCCUACUGCUGAUCUUACCCUCUUCCUUCUUCUUCUUCCUCUUUCUUCGCCUUCUCCUCUUCCUCCCCAUCCUUCUUCUCCGCCCCUCCGUCUGCAUUCCCCUUUUUCUUCUUCUUCUUCAUCUUCUUCUUCUUCUUACUCAAUUAUAAAUAGACACAUAUUUACCUGUUCAAAACUAUGCUUACCUUUUCUAUAA